CUCUGCCAUGAGACUUGUGUCUCUUUCUCUUAUGGAUUUCAGCAAAUCAGACACUAGAGCUGUGAGUUCAUACAGGCCCAGUUUCAAACAUUAGGGAUAGUUGAAGAGACUGAGAGAUUGUACUUUCAUGACGUUGCAUGUAUUUGGAGUAUAAUUUUGCAGAUUAGAUCAAACAGCAGCAGCAUGUCCUGUUAAUUGGUACAGAUGAAAAACUAGCUAGUCAGUCUCCCAUGGCAUUGAGCACCAAUAGAGCAUCUUCAUCAUCUGUUCCUAGAGCUAUUCAAUGGAAGUAUGAUGUCUUUCUGAGUUUUAGGGGUGAAACCCGCUUGAGUUUCACAGCAUUUUUAAAUCAGAAACUGAAAGCUCUAGGAAUUAGAACUUUCUUGGAUGACGCAGAUCUUGAAAAGGGAAAAUUGAUUUCUCCAGAACUGUCCUCAGCAAUUGAACAAUCAAGGUUAGCCAUCAUUGUGAUCUCUCCAAAUUAUGCUUCUUCAACAUGGUGCCUUAAUGAACUUGUGCAAAUUCUCGAAUGCAUGGGAGCAAGAGAUGCAAUUAUACCAAUAUUUUAUGAUUUGGAACCCUCUGAUGUUCGAAAACAAAAGGAGAGUUUUGAGAAAGCCUUCAGAGACCAUGAAAAACGGUUUGACACAAAUAAACUGAAAGAGUGGAAAGCUGCUUUAACGAAAGUUGCUAAUCUUAAAGGGUGGACUUCGAAGAAUAAGUAUGAACCACAACUUAUUGAAGAAAUUGUUCAAAAGGUACAAACCAAAGUACCUCCUGUAUUCUGGGAAUCAAAAAAGCUGGUUGGCAUUGAGCCAAGGUUGGAGCAUCUAUAUUUUCUUUUAGAUGUCGAGUCUGAUGAUGUUCGAUUUAUAGGGAUAUGCGGGAUGGAUGGGAUUGGCAAGACAACCAUUGCAAAGAUAGCUCGCAAAACCCUUGGACAUAAAUUUGAUGUGAGCAGAUUUUUCAGUGUUAGGGAGGUUUCUGAAAAACAUGGUCCUGUCAAUGUACAAAGAAGACUUUGUGAAAGCCUUACAAAGAGAACUUCAGAAUAUUGGGACGAAAAUGAUGAGGAAUCCACGAUGAUUAACUUCUUAGUUCAAAAAAAGGUUCUUCUCAUUCUUGACGACGUGGAUGAUAUCAGUCAGUUAGAAAACUUGUGUGGAAAGAAAAAUUGGUUUGGUCCGGGGAGCAGAAUCAUUAUUACAACUGCAGAUGAACAAUUGCUACUUAAACAUGGUGUGGAGAUAUUUAAGUUGCUGGAAUUGGAUCCACGUGAAGCUAUUCAACUUUUUAGCUGGAAAGCCUUUGAAAGAGAUGAUCCGGACAAAGAUUUUACAGCUUUAUCUCGAAGUUUUGCAGAUUAUGCCGAUGGCAUUCCGCUAGCUCUUGAAGCCUUGGGAUCGUAUUUACAUAAAAGAGGUCCACAGGAAUGGAUCAGUGCAUGGGAGAAACUGAAUGAUGGCCAUUCGUUGGACAAUGACAUUAGCAGAAAGAUUAUGAAAGUACUUAAAAUAAGUUAUGAUGGAUUAGAUAAAGAGCAAAAAAAUAUUUUCCUUGAUAUCGCAUGUUUCUUUGUAGGAAAGUGCAAAGACCAAGUAUUUGAAAUAUUAGACAGUUGUGGCUUUCAUUUAGAUAUUGGCAUAAAGGUUCUUGUUGAGAAGUCUCUGAUAAUAAUUUCUGAUAACAUGGUGCUGAUGCAUGAUUUGUUUCAAGCAAUGGCUCAGGGGAUUGUAGUUCAAGAAUCUCAACAUCCUGGUGAGCGUAGCAGGUUGUGGCUUUCUAAGGACAUCUAUCCAGUUUUGAGGAAUAGUACGGGGACUAAAUCAGUUGAAGGCAUUGUCCUACCCUUUCCUGAAUCAAAAGAUGCAAAAUGUGAUCCUCAAGCAUUUUCCCAGAUGUCUAACCUCAGAUUACUCAAAAUUCAUAAUGUGCGCCUUCCCCGAGGACUCACAUGUCUUUCUCAUUCAUUGAGAUUUCUUAAAUGGAGAGGUUAUCCUGAAAAGUCCCUUCCAUCAGAUUUCGAACCCAAUGGGCUUGUUAAACUCAGCAUGUGUCAUAGUAGCAUUGAACAACUUUGGGAUGAAGAAGAGACUUUUGAAAAGUUGAAAGUCAUCAAACUUUGUCAUUCACUCCACUUGACAAGAACUCCGAAUUGCUAUGGGGUCCUAAAUCUUGAGAGAUUAGAUCUUGAGGGAUGUGAAAGUCUUGUUGUCAUUCACCCAUCCAUAGGAGUUCUCAAAAAGCUUACUUUCUUGAAUCUUAAAGACUGCAAAAGGCUGGAGAGUCUUCCAGAUAAGAUUGCAAUGGAAAGCCUUGAAAGUUUUGUUCUUUCUGGUUGCUCAAGUGUUGAAAAAAUUCCUGAAUUCGUGAGACCUAUGGAGCAUUUAACGAAGAUUUCUUUAGAUGGGACUGCUAUUAAAAGUAUACCACCAUCAAUUGGAUAUCUGACUAGCCUUUCUUCAUUGGAUUUGAGAGAUUGCAUACAUCUAAGUUGUCUUCCAAGUACCAUUGGCAACUUGAAGUCCCUUAAAAAUUUGUAUGUGUCUGGAUGUAUAAACCUUGCCGAACUGCCAGAAAGCUUUGGGGAGCUAGAGUCCUUGGAGGAGAUUGUUACAAGUGGAACUUCCAUAAAAAAAUGGCCAUCUUCCAGUGUCCCAAAAAACCUUAAAUCGAUGACUUCUCAUGGUGGACCAUCAGAACAAACAUGCGUUAUGCCAAUGAAGAGCCAUCAUCCUUGUAGUUCGUUCUUGCCUCCUCUCUCAAGGGUCCCUGCUUUAGUACAAUUGGAUAUAAGUGGUAGAAAUCUUUCUGAAGGAGAGUUUCCCGUUGACAUUGGCUGCUUAUCCUUUUUAGUAUCAUUGAACUUAAGUGGGAACAAUUUUCUUAGCCUUCCGAAAGAAAUUAGCCAACUUAAUACGCUUGAGAACUUAAACUUGAGUGGUUGCAAGAAGCUUCAACAUGUUCCGGUCCUUUCGUCGGAUAAAAAUUUAGAAGUAAUUGCAGAUGGUUGUACUGCGCUGAAAAUGCUGCAGUGUCCAUCAAAUUUGGACAGAUUGAAGUGGUCCUGUUUCAAUUUCAUCAACUGCAUUGGAUUGGUUGACCACGAAAUACCAUUAACUAUGCUCAAAAGAUACCUCAAGGUAGCACAUUGUCCAGGAGAUAGAUAUGAAAUUGUAAUUCCUGGAAGUAAAAUACCUUCGUGGUUCUGCCGUCAAAGAGUGGGUUCUUCAGUAAGUUUACCUCUGAAUUUGCAUAAACAAAAGUGGAUGGGAUAUGCUUUGUGUGCCCGUUUUCAAGUAUUAAAGAGUGGAUGGCAACUCGUUUGUGUUUUGAAAGUCAAUGGAAAACAAGAGUACCCUGUGCCUCUAUUUGCAGCUAAUGUCACACCCUUGUCAAAUCAUCUUUGGUUCUUCUAUGUGUCUCGUGAUCUAAGCUUUGGUACAAAUUCGCGAACCAGUUAUGAUCAGUUAACCUUUUCAUUUGAAAGCUCAACCCGCAGCUUGGUGAAGAGGUGUGGUGUCCGUUUGGUAUACGAGGAAGAUCUGCAAGAUUUCAGCAAAAUAGUUGCUCAAUCCAGCGUUAGCAUUUCCCCAGAGGAGGAGGCUGUUGAUGACCUUCAUUGUGAUGGCACGUCCAGAUCUGUACAAAGUGGGACUAUCAAGCGGAGCUAUAAAGACAAUGAUGGGGAGGAACCUGCCGCAAGUGGUAGUUUUGAUGAGGUAUCAGACUUAAAAAGAUCCAAAAACAGAUGAUUUGUUUGGAACUGCAUUGCCGGUCUAAUGCUUGAAGGGUGGCAGUUUAGUUUUAUAAUUUUGUCUCAAUUGAAACCUGUUUGUGUUGGCCAGUAGAUGUUUUCAGAUUUGCUUAUGACCGUUUGUAUUUUCA